AUGGAUGUCAAUCAGGUGUUGGCUAGCACUCUCUCUGCCGAUGCCGCUACUCGUCAGAAUGCGGAGCAGCAGCUACUUCACGCCGCGGAAGUCGACUUUGCGGGGUACCUUACGACCUUGGCUGGUGAGCUGUCAAACGAGAAUGCUGCCUCGUCGAUCCGGACGGCCGCUGGUCUGGCACUGAAGAACGCCUUUUCCUUCCGAGAUAUCACCCGCCUGAGAGAGGUACAGGGGCGAUGGGCUCACGGCGUCGACCAGCAGGUCAAGAAGAACGUCAAGGAGCUCGCCUUGAAGACACUGGGAGCAUCUGAUGCCCGGGCCGGUCAGUCGGCCGGCCAGUUCAUAGCCUCGAUCGCGGCCAUAGAGCUGCCCCGCAACGAGUGGCAGGAUCUCAUGAGCCUGCUCGUCCAGAACAUCAGCACAGGUUCAGAUCACCUCAAACAGGCGUCCCUGACCACGAUCGGCUUCAUCUGCGAGUCCGAAGAGCCCGACCUGCGCGAGAGCCUCAGCGCACAUUCAAACGCCAUCCUCACGGCCGUCGUGCAGGGAGCGCGGCGGGAAGAACAGAACCCAGAUGUGCGGAAUGCUGCCAUCUCCGCGCUCAGCGACGCCAUCGAGUUCGUGCGCUCGAAUUUCGAGAAUGAAGGCGAACGGAAUUACAUCAUGCAGGUGGUCUGCGAGGCCACACAGGCGGAGGAUACGCGGAUACAGGCCGGUGCCUUCGGCUGCUUGAAUAGGAUCAUGGGCAUUUAUUAUGAUAAGAUGCGCUUCUAUAUGGAAAAGGCGCUGUUUGGAUUAACGAUUAUGGGUAUGAAGAGUGACGAAGAAGACGUGGCCAAGCUUGCUAUCGAGUUCUGGUGUACCGUUUGCGAAGAAGAGCUUUCCAUCGAUGAUGAUAAUAACCAGGCACAGGCCGAAGGGUCGACAGAGGUCAGACCGUUCUUCAGCUUCGCCCGCAUUGCCUGUCGAGAGGUCGUCCCCGUCCUCCUGCAGUUAAUGACCACCCAAGAUGAAGAUGCCAGCGAUGACGACUACGAUGUUUCCCGCGCUGCCUACCAGGCGCUGCAGCUCUAUGCUCAGACCGUCCAGGCCGAGCUAGUCGGACCAGUCCUCGAGUUCGUCGAGCAGAAUCUGCGCAGCGAAGACUGGCACCACCGUGACGCUGCCGUCUCUGCCUUUGGAGCUAUCAUGGACGGACCGGAACAUGAAACCCUGGUCCCCCUUGUCCGUCAGGCGUUGCCUGUCAUGAUCACCAUGAUGGAAGAUAAGGUUGUCCACGUCAGGGACUCAACCGCCUACGCUCUCGGUCGAAUCUGUGACUACUGCUCUGGCGCCAUCGAGGUCAACGUGCACUUGCAUCCGCUGAUUUCAUGUCUCUUCAACGGCCUGGCAAGCAGCCCCAAGAUUGCUGGAUCUUGCUGCUGGGCUUUGAUGAACCUUGCAGACCGAUUCGCCGGUGAUGCCGGUGCUCAGACGAACCCUCUCAGCAAACAUUUCCAGGACAGCAUCACUUCACUCUUAUCCGUCACUGAGAGAUCCGAUGCGGAUAAUCAACUACGAACCGCUGCAUACGAGGUUCUGAACUCAUUUGUGACCAACGCCGCUAACGAUUCGCUGCCAAUCAUCGCAACAUUGUCGGAUGUCAUCCUCCAGAGACUAGAGCAGACCGUCCCCAUGCAGCAGCAGGUCGUCAGCGUGGAGGACCGUAUCACUCUGGAAGAGCUGCAGACUAGCUUAACUAGUGUCCUAUUGGCUAUCGUCCAACGCUUGGAAGCUGAAAUCAAACCACAAGCCGACCGCAUCAUGACGGUCCUCCUCCAGGUGCUGACUACUAUCCCGCCAAAGUCUAGUGUGCCAGAUACCGUCUUCGCAACCGUUGGUUCGCUUGCCAGCUCUCUGGAAGCCGACUUCAUCAAAUACAUGGAACAAUUCAGCCCCUUCCUCUACAACGCUCUCGCCAACCAGGAAGAGCCCGGUCUCUGUGCUAUGGCCAUUGGCCUUGUUAGUGACAUCACUCGCUCGUUAGGAGACAAAGUUCAGCCCUUCUGCGAUGCAUUCAUGAACCAUCUCCUCAACAACCUUCGAAGCAACAGUCUGUCUAACCAGCUAAAGCCCGCCAUCCUGGAAACAUUCGGUGAUAUUGCACAAGCCAUUGGCUCACAUUUUGAAACCUACCUCUCCGUCGUCGCACAGGUCCUUCAACAGGCCUCUGCCGUUACUGCCAGUAACGACGUCUCCUACGACAUGAUUGAUUAUAUAGUCUCCUUGCGCGAGGGCAUCAUGGAUGCUUGGGGUGGUAUCUUACUCGCGUACAAAGGUGCCCCUAACGUUAACAUCCUCCAGCCAUAUGUCGAAUCAAUCUUCCAGCUCCUCCAUCUCGUGGCACAGGAGCCCUCUCGCAGCGAAGGCCUACUACGUGCCAGUAUGGGUGUCAUCGGUGACUUGGCCGAGGCUUUCCCCAAUGGAGAAUACGCAUCGUUCUUCCGCAAUGAUUUCGUCUCUUCGCUGAUAAGAGAGGCCCGAACCAGCCGCGAGUACGGACCUCAGACCAUCGAGACCGCUCGCUGGGCAAGGGGACAGGUCAAGCGUCAAAUAGGCCUUGCUACUGCUGCCUCGAUGUCUUAG